UGCAUAGCAGCUGGCUUUGUGUUCGUGGACUCCUCCCGUUGUGUGAUGAAGUUCAGAUGCGCGCCCUUGUUCCGUAAGCGCGUCACCAGCGCACAGAGGUAUGAGGAGCUUCCCGACGCGAGGGGAGGAUGGAGAGAUGUGUGGAUCACGACCAUGGGAGGCUUUGAAUGUGACAUUACACGAAGCUAAUUGACGCUCUUCUACUUUUAAAGGAUAUUUUUCCACCCUUUGUAUGAGCAGAAACUCAGCUGCUCUGGAUUCAGAGAUCCAGCGCCGCCUUUCGCGUCUGUCUCCCAGUUGAGAAGCUUCUUGGGCUGCGUGGACCGUACAAGCUCGGCUCGGUCCCUCGCGGUUAUGUUGUAGUUUACUCGGACGAAGCUCUUAUUUUUUGAUCCAGGAAAUGUUGGCAUGGCCGCCUCGCGAGCAAAGAAGUCUUCGAAGAGUGAGAAGUUGGACGAGGCGCAGGCUUUGGCCAAGAGCUGCGCGGGGAGACCAGACUUCCUGCCUUGCGAUGGGCUUUCCAUCUGCGCUACCCACAGUCACGGGAAGUGCUUCAAGCUGCACUGGUGCUGCCACCUGGGCUGGUGUCACUGCAAGUACGUGUACCAGCCCAUGACCAAUGUGUGCCAGCUGCCCAGCACGACGGUGCCACCUGUUGGGACAGAGUACAGUAACACCAUGGACCUGUCCGUCUCUCUGGUUGAGCGCUUUCUGAAACUCGCCCCCUGCUUCCAGUCCCCGCCUCACCUGGAGUCGCCCAAGUACUGCGUCAUUGCGGAUCUGUUUGUGGAUGACUACAUCGUCAAACGCAUCAACGGAAAGAUGUGCUAUGUUCAGCGCCCCCCGCCUCCCUUACCAGAACCUCCUCAUCCUCUCACCCCUCCCCCACCUGCUCCCGCUACACCUCAGAUGCCCAAAAAUCCUGCUCAGCCUCGGCAACCAGUGAAGCGAACUCAACACGUGCCUGCGCAGCCGGUCCAGCAGGUGUACAGUGAACACAAACAUCCUUCCCCCGUCGAUAAGAUAAAAGGCCCCAAAAUGGACCACUGCUCCUCUCCGUCCAGCUCCGAGGACUCCGGCAUCAACGCGCUGGGUCUGCACUACCUGGAGUCCUGCGAGGAGGAGAGCGAGGAGGAGGAGGACGACGACGACGAGUUGAGCACAGAUGGUAACUCCAGCCCCGGCAGCAUCUGGGAUCAGGACGACUGUUCUCUGCUCUCCCCCUCCAAGUCAAUGAUAGAGAUCAUCGAAAAGAUCGAAACAACUGUUUAACUGACCCCAGCUGUGAGGGAGCGUGAGCUUCAGGACAGAAUUAUUGAGAAUAACACUCGAGGAUUUAUUCUACAUUGACCAAUAGGACACAAACCCCUCUGAGGCUUCAGCAGGGCUUUGCCGGGUUGUUUAGUUGAAUUUGUUUUCCUGCAGGUGGCCGAGGUCUGUACGUCUGCACCCGCACACAGCCUCUCAUCUGUCCACAUCCCCUGCAUGGAGUGAAUUUUGUAGAACUUAAUACAAUACAGGAGAAAAGCACAAGCACAAGAAUAACAAGCACAUGCACAGUGGACCAAAAAGACCUCCUGCUGCCUACUGUACAUGGUACCUAUACAGUGAAAAAUCUAGAAUACUAAAGGAAUCUAUAGUAGGUGCACUAACCUUUUGUUCUGCGAUUUCUCUUUAGCUAUAUGUUACUGGAGUUAAAUAAAGUGUUGGAUAAAUAGGUCUGCUGAUGAUAAUGAGCAGUUAGGUAAUUGUUAGUUUUCUCCAGUCAUCAGACUCUAUUCUAAUUCAACAUUUAAGUGACGGACACGCGUGCCAUUUCUUGUUCUCUGGUCAAUGGCUCCACCCACACGUUUUAGUAAUUCUGACACUUCAGCAUAAUAACCACAAGGCCAGUUACCUCUCAUGGGCCUAAAGCACAUCAGCCUUUUAACCUGUUAAUAUCUCAGCUCGGAGCUGAUGGGACACACCUGCUUUUGUCACGUUAGUUAAAAAGAUUCCUGGACACACAGUUUGCGUGCACUUUUAUUAACACGAGCGGUAGGUAGGUCAGUGUUUGACAAUCAAGGAUUACACAGAAGCACAUUCCUUUUCUGCAUCUGCCAAGCGAGGGCCAAGGAUACUCUUAUAAAACCAUUUAUCAGACAUUAACACAUUGUUAUGGUCACGCUGGACUGAACUGCACCUGCUGUUGAAGGUUAAAUGGGGAUUUAAGUAACGUAAAAGCAUUGACCUCUAUUAGCAGCCAAGAAAUGUAUUAGCAUGGACGUGUCUCUGGCAGAGCUACAGUGACGAAAGUAGGAGACAUGUUGUCACAGCAGAAAUUAGCAAGACACCUAGUGAAGAGGGAAUAUUUCCUAAUAUACAUACAUAUAUACAUAUAAACCUAUAUAACAAUAAAACUGCAUUGUUAUUUGCUUUUUGGGCUUGACGGUGAAAUGUCUUGUGAUGCCAGCUGAAAAGGGAGUCCGGAAAAUGUGCGCAGGCUAGACUAGUACAGUAUGUGACAGUUAUUUUGUGCUAUGAGGCAGAACAAUAUCAGUUUAAAAGGAGAUUACAGUAUGGAAUAGGAUGAAGAGUAGGUGUUGUGAUGUGAUGGACAUGAUGUUAUAAGAAAUUCACUCAAAUAUAACAUUUGUGAGAGCCCCUUAUUAGUCAGUUAGUAAAAUGAAGAUGGGCUGGGUCUUUUUUAUGUUUAAAGAGUUAUCUGCAAAAAUCACUAAAAUAUUCACAAAUAUGUAUUGUUGCAAUGAUACGCUAGAUGUAAAAAAAAAAAAAAUUUUGCAUGACUGCAUUCAUUUGCAGGAGUCCCUCGUGUCACAAUUUAACACAUUUGUGAUUCAGAGUGUUGAAAAAGUGAACAAAUCUUGUAUCUGUCAAUCAAUUUGAAAUGUUCUUUUUAUUCGGGGACAGCCCUCGACAUUACACGGAACACAGUCCCUUUUAAAGCAGUUUAAAACAUCUGUUAUGUUCUUAUGUCAUAUUAUUUUCAUAUGAAUAAAUCUUAAUGAAACUUA